AUGGCAGCAGAAUCAAGAAAGUCUUUAGCCCCAUCCCCACCAGACCAGGUUCCUGAAGAGGACCUUGUAAUUGUCAAGGUAGAGGAAGAUCAUGGUUGGGACCAGGAAUCAAGUCUACAUGAAAAUAACCCUCCUGGCCAAGAGCUGUUCCGCCUACGCUUCAGGAAGUUAUGCUACCAAGAGACACUAGGACCCCGAGAAGCUCUGAUCCAACUCCGCGCACUUUGCCAUCAGUGGCUGAGGCCAGAUUUGAACACCAAGGAGCAGAUCCUGGAGCUGCUGGUGCUAGAGCAGUUCUUGACCAUCCUGCCUGAGGAGCUCCAGACUCUGGUGAAGGAACAUCAGCUAGAGAAUGGAGAGGAAGUGGUGACCCUACUGGAGGAUUUGGAAAGGCAAAUUGAUAUAUUGGGACGGCCGGUCCCAGCUCGUCCACAUGGACAUAGGGUACUCUGGGAGGAGUUGAUGCAUUCAGAAUCUGCACCAGAGCCUCCAGAUACUCAGCUCCAACCUGUGGCAAUGCAGCACAAAUCUGCAGUUCUCCAAGAGCCACACGAUAGAGCCAUAUCAGUUUCACAGAGUCCUACCCCUUCCCAGAAAGGAAGUCCUCGAGACCAGGAGAUGACAGCUACACUGCUUACAGCAGGGUUCCAGACUUUAGAGAAGAUUGAAGACAUGGCUGUGUCCCUAAUUCGAGAAGAAUGGCUUCUUGAUUCAUCCCAGAAAGAUCCGAGUAGAGAUAACAGGCCAGAGAAUUAUAGAAACAUGUUCUCCCUGGGUGGUGAGACCAGGAAUGAGAACAGGGAAUUAACUUCAAAACAGGUAAUAUCUACUGGAAUCCAGCCACAUGGAGAGACAGCUGCCAAAUGCAACGGGGAUGUUAUCGGGGGUCUUGAGCCUGGAGAAGCCCGAGACCUUCUGGGCUCAUUAGAGAGGCAGCGGGGAAAUCCCACCCAAGAGAGACGACAUAAAUGUGAUGAAUGUGGGAAGAGCUUUGCUCAGAGUUCAGGCCUUGUUCGUCACUGGAGAAUCCACACUGGGGAGAAACCCUAUCAGUGUAAUGUAUGUGGUAAAGCCUUCAGUUACAGGUCAGCCCUUCUUUCCCACCAGGAUAUCCACAACAAAGUAAAACGCUACCACUGUAAGGAGUGUGGUAAAGCCUUCAGUCAAAACACAGGCCUGAUCCUGCACCAGAGAAUCCAUACUGGGGAGAAGCCAUAUCAGUGCAAUCAGUGUGGGAAAGCUUUCAGUCAGAGUGCAGGCCUUAUUCUGCACCAGAGAAUCCACAGUGGGGAGAGACCCUAUGAAUGUAAUGAGUGUGGGAAAGCUUUCAGUCAUAGCUCACACCUCAUUGGACAUCAGAGAAUCCACACUGGGGAGAAGCCCUAUGAGUGUGAUGAGUGUGGGAAAACUUUCAGGAGGAGCUCACAUCUUAUUGGCCAUCAGAGAAGCCACACUGGGGAGAAACCCUACAAAUGCAAUGAGUGUGGGAGGGCCUUCAGUCAAAAGUCAGGCCUUAUUGAACAUCAGAGAAUCCACACUGGAGAAAGACCCUAUAAAUGUAAAGAAUGUGGGAAAGCUUUCAAUGGGAACACUGGCCUCAUUCAGCAUCUGAGAAUUCACACAGGGGAGAAACCCUAUCAAUGUAAUGAGUGUGGGAAAGCCUUUAUUCAGAGGUCAAGUCUUAUUCGACAUCAAAGAAUCCACAGUGGAGAAAAAUCUGAAUCCACAGGAGUUUAGGGAAAAACUUGAGUCAUAGAUUGGGCGUUAAUUCAACAUUAGAGGAACCAUGUGCUGGUGAGAGGUCUUGCACUGUAAAAAAAAAAAAAAAAAAGGGCAGAAAGUUCAACAUCAUUACAAUCUUAUCUAGGGUCAGAUUGAUAGGGGUGGCAAAGUUAGAAUAGCUCUUCAGUAGUUUGGGUCCAGUGCCUUGAUACAAAUUAAUUAGCUUGACUAUCUUAGGAGGUGUCUGAUAGAAUGGAGCUCCUGAUGGUCUGAUCCUUAGAAGCUUAAAAUAGCAUUAGAGAAAACUGCUUGUGUGGCUUGAGGCACUUAACUUUGUCUUUUUGGUGAGUAGCUGUAGGUUUGAGAGUAGCUACUCCUAGUUCCUCUGCUUCUUCCGAUCUCCUGUGAUCCCUGUCUCCCAUUUAUUCCCCUAAAGGUGCAUUUUGUGCUCCUAAUCUGAUCUAAGAAGCUGUUUUAGAGUUUGAAGCAGCCUCUGUAUGAGACUUACACUUAUAUUUAACUUUCUGAGCUCCUAGUUCUAGGGAAAUUUUUAUAAACACUUAAUGUAUUUAUGCUUAAGUGUACAUUUUAUUUUAUUCUAAUGCUCCUGAUAGUGGAAAUCCAUAUUCCCAUGCAAACUCAGAAUGCUAUAUUUUUAACAGCACUCCAGCAUUUUUCUUCAUAUAUCACCUUCACUGACUCCCCUGAGUCACUGAGCAUCCAUACGUAUCCUUCACCACCCCCAGCCCCAGUACCUGUGUCAGCAAAGGAAGUGGACGCAUUAGUGAUGGUUGUGGGAAUGAUGCAGAGAAAGAGGUGAGUGGAGACUCAGCAGCAGCAGCUCGGCUGCUCUUGAGCAUGGAUGGCUAUACCUUUUGGUAAUUUGACUCUCCUUUCCACCUUCCCACUAUACACUGUGGUACAAAUAGGUAUUUAUACUAUCCUCAAUAAGACAUCACAUGGGGGAAAAAGACAGGUGCUUGAAGAAGUCUUAAAAAUCCUGCAAAGAAUGUACACUCAUCUCUUUUGGUCCAUCACAGUACUGUUCUCUCAGGUUCCUGUCAGUCUGUACAAACCCCCUGACUGGAUGGUCUGCCACUCUUGCUUGACCUUGAACCCACCUCCUUAGAUGGCCUCAGCACCUCACUCACUCACUAUCUGUUUCUUGCCAUUAGCUUUACAUAUCUUCAGUGUUCAUCGGUUGAGUACUUCACCUAACAAUUCCUCUUUCUUCUGAAUUCUGGUGCAUUCCCUCUAUAAUCCAGCAAAGACAUAAUAUUAAACUCAUCAUCACCAGGCACUAUAUUUCAUAUAUGAAGCUUUCAGUAUACCAAGGGAUACUGUAUAAAGUAAUGAGGCUGGUUUAAAAUUACCACCAAGAACUUAAAGAAGAAUCCAGAUUUGGGUUGUCUUUUUAAAUUGGGCAGUUCUAGCUAUUCUAGUAGUACUGUUAUUCCAAGUACUACCACUCCUCUAGAUAUUUGGAACACACUCAAGAUUCCCAUUUAAUACACCAUUCAAGAAAAACACUCUAUUACUCUUCAAAUUUCAUCUCAUCUUUGACCAUCUGGUUAUGCACUUAUUCACCAUAUUUGGAAUUGAGUAACUUUUAGCUAUUUCCAAAGUCACCUUUCAGAAUGAGAAUUGAUUCCAUUAAUCUUAUUCAGAAGAAUAUGACAUAUAUUGUAAUGAAAGUUCCAAGAGAAAUUAUACAUUUUCACACUGUGACUAUCCUGAACAAGGACUGUACUUACUAAUAAUGUUUUAUGAUUGAUGUUUUUAAAAGUCAGUCAUAAAAUAAUACAUCAUAGAGGUUUGCCUUUUGGAUCAUAAAUUCCUUCUCUAUAACAUCCCUUCUGUACCCCACUGUGGCACAUAUUGAUUACUAAUCACAUCAGAGUUAUCUACACCUAUUUCAUUGAACCAUUGAUAUCCACUUGUCAUUUGUCAUCCUAGUUUCCUUGGUUAACUUUCAAAACAAUGCUUUUCUUAUCUUUUAUUUUCUUCUCUUUUCCCUCUGCUUGUCCCUCUUUUUAGCCUAUAGAUUACUAUUCCUAACUCCUUUGUCCUUGAAAUUACAAGAAACCAGAAACAAAUCUAGUUGUCUCUAGAUCUUUGCUCUCUGCUUCAGUUGUGCCUUACUUUCCGUAAAAUACUAAUUCUGCCUGAGGCCAAUGUUACCUGUGUAUACAUAUUAUACAAGAUGGGUACGUUGUCAGAGGGAGAGUGUGUGUAUGCAUGUGCAUGUAUGCACACACUCCUCGCAAAUAGUUCAGAGGAACAGUAGUCUUCCAGUGAAAGCUGUUAGCAGAGCACCGUGGUAUUGAAAUGACUGUAGAUGUACCAGCUAACAUCUCUUUACAUUACUCAAAGUAAUGUAAUUACUCAAAGUAAAGUAAAGCCAGAUUACUUAACUCUUAGAAUUACUGAGCAUCUGGCAGAAAUUUAGAGAAAAGAAAAUAUGACCAGAAAGAUGAGUAUUAUACUGGAAUGCAUGUGAGAAAAGACUAUGGCUUGACAGAACAAUAUAUGUCAAGGCUGAUUCAGCACACCUAUAGAUGUAGCCAAAUAGUUUAAGACAGCAGAAAAGGGCUGUUGUUUCUUUGUGGGCAUAAGUAGAAGUCCUUUCUUGGUCUACAGUUUUCACUCUUAGCAUUGAUCUGUCUGUAUGACCUUACUUUGAGCUCCUAAUUAUGAGUGACAGCACUAAAUUCCUUUAUCCUGCAGAUUCUAUUUUUAUACUUGUAAUCUGAAAUUAACUGUUCACCAGUACUUUCUUCUCCCAUCCUCAACUUUUUAAGACCUGGCAUAAUAAAGUGGUUCUUCUGUAACAGUUGCCAUCCAACACGGUCCUAGGAGAGACAUCUUAGGUUUCAAAGACUUUCUGCAUUGAGUAAGGUGGUCGUGGUUGAUUCCCAUAUAGAACAGUUAGUUUUAUUCUUGGUUCUGAGGGUCUAGCUGUUGCUUUUAUUUAUUGAGCACUUACUGUGUGCCAACCCUAAGUUAUGUAUUUCUUGUGCUUAUGAUAGAUAUUUUGAUAUCUUAUGAUAUCCUCCAUUUUAUAGAUGAGGAAACUGAGGCUUAGCUGAAAAGUUACUGGGGAAGGAAAUAUGCAGUAUAGUGCAAAUCCAUUACAAUUACUGGAAAAUUGGUUGAAAAUGUCAUUUUGGUUUAUUAUUAUAUCAUCUUUAAAUGUUGAUAAUUUUGGUGCUUUGUAGUAUUAGAAAGCUAAAUUCUACAAGUAAAACAUGUUUAAAACUUCGGAGGAAAAGCAGUAACUUAUAACUCAAAAUACACUUCUCCUUAAACUGCCCCAGGGAAAGUGGCAUUAUGGGGGAAAAUGAAAUAUCCUUGUCUUAGCCCAAGCAAAUGGACAUUUAGGAUUACAACAGUAAGUUCAGCUACAGCAUAAGAUGUGAAAAGCUUCAAUUUUAGUGCUCAUUUCCAACUACCAUUUUCUUCUUAUUCUAUCAUUCAUGGUUUUUCAAACAUGUCGUCUGUUGUUAAACCCCAUUUCCUUAUUAAUGCAUUCUUAAAACUCGUUUUUGGCUUUUGUACUCACUCCACUGAAAUGUCCUCAGAAUCACCAGUGGAUAAAUAUUAAUGCCUUUUCUUAGCUCUUAUCCUUUUUUUUUUUUUUUGGGUCAACCCAGAUAACAUGUGGGACCUUAAUUCCCUAACCAGUGGUUGAACCUGUGCCCCCUGGGAUGCAGAGUGGAUACAGAGUCUUAACCAUUGGAUUGCCAGAAAUGCCACAGUUCUUGUCCUUCUUAUAUUUCAUAAUUUUUGAAUUGACCCUGCAUCUCGGGAAUUCUCCUUUGAGAAUUGGUCGCUUUUCUUCACUUUUAGCUUUUCUCUAUGCCUCUUUUUUUUCCUCCUGUCCACUGAAAAAAAUAUCCUUGUCUUAAUUUUAUUCACUACUUUUUCUAUACUCCUCUUUAUCCAUUUGGAUUAUUUAUACUUCUAUAUUUCAGUAACUUAAUAUUUUCUACCCUAUGGGUUGUCUCUUUAACUUGUGAACUUUUCCACGGGUACUUAUAUAACUUGGUAUUUGGAGACAGAACUCAUUACUGUAUCCCCAUUUUCCUUUUAAAUAGGCAUCUUUGGUUAACAUCUUUAUCCUUAACAGACUUACCACCCUUCCUAUUUCUUAUCCCAGAGUUGGAGUGGUCUUUUAGUCUUUUUCUGGUUUUCACUGUUCAUGUCCAAUAUCUUGUUAAGUUGUUCCAAUUCUAGUUUUCUCCUUGAGGCUGGAUUUUUUUUUUUUUUCCUUCCCUUGUUUCUGCCAUUUCUUUGUAUCCUUCUCUGCAGAUCCAUAUCAUCUGAGGCCCAGGUUAUUGUAAUUCUUGCUUUUCAGUUUCCUUGCUCCCAAGAUCCCCACCUUGUUUGCUUCCAAGAUUGUCCUCCUCAAACUCCAUUUUUCUGAUGUCUCAUUUCACAAGAUAAUCAAGAUAAUUUUCACAUCAGGUAAUUCCUAUCAGAGCAGUGAUAGAACCUUGUCCUCUAUUACCUUGUCCUCAUGUUUAAUCCGCCUGAGCCUCAUUUCUUUCUAGCAUAUUCACCUUGAUUCAUCAUACUCACACUUCUGUGACCUUCCACUGAUGUCUCUUAUAAAGCCCUUGCCUCUGUGCCUUUUUCAUGCUGUUCCUUUUGCUUAGAUUUCUCUUUGGCCCCAGCUCAUGUUCAUUACUCCCUUCAAAGCCUAGCUUCCAUUAUAUCUUCUGAGUGAGCUCUCCCUGAUGAUUUCACCUCACUGAGACCUCCCUUACUCUGUGCUGCCUCAGCACUGAUCCUUUAAGUUUGUAGUGUGGUCCAUGCACUUACUAAUAUGUUGUUUUGUAAUUAUUUUCUAGCACUCUGUAUUGUAGUUUCAUGUUUGUAUUUAUUUCCAAAAUUAAAUUGUAAGCUCCUUGAGGGCAGGAAUAAUAACUUUUACAUUUGUAUCUCUGCACCCCUUAGUGCCUAGUACAGUGCUGAGCACAUAGUAGGCGUUUAAUAAAUGCUUGUCAAAUUA